CUGUAGUCCGUUUGAUUUCAAAAUGUGUCGCCAUAGCGCCAGGUGGUCGCUAUUCAGUUGUUUGCUUCUGGUUAACGUUAUUUGCUUGACAUCAGCUACGCUUGUCGAUUCGCAAAACAGUGAUUUUUCUGACAAACCAAAUGGUAACUCUGAACUUACCGAUCUUGUUCAAGUGGACCGUUCUCACCCAUCUUCUAACCAGACUAAUCCUGUAUUCGCAAGUCAACAUAAUCCACCAAACACAACCGACAGUUUGACAUCAGACCCAUUCAAACCUAACCGUUUGAAGAAGCGAUGGUCCAAAGAUUAUGGCACGUCCCAGGCUGAACGUCGAACGUUCUAUCCUUUUAAGGCAGUGCCUCGUCCUCAACCAAACAACGGCCUACCAUUCAAAGGCUACAGGCCACCUAAGGCUCCACAUAUUGGCUAUCCUGUAGCCAGGCCACCUUACCAGCCGCAGCCCAAUCGGCCCACUCAACCUCCCCAUAGUUACGGCGUACCCAAACCAACUGGAUAUCCAGCAUCCAAUUAUCAUCAGCAAGAAAUAUACAUCACAUAUCCACCAGCUACGACUGUGCGCUACCCUCAAACGACGGGCAAUAGCAAUUUAGGUGGGUCUUAUGGGCCUGUCAUUACGCCGAGUUAUGUCACAGCCACUCCCGAAACAAACACGGGCUAUCGUCCUCCAAAACCUACGGCACCUUAUGUUCCAAGCAAACCGAUUUACGAAGUUCCCACUUCUUAUCCGAAUCCCAGCUACGUCACAAAUAAACCCGAUUACUACCUUCCGUCAACAACUCAAAUUCCGUACAUUACACCGAAUCCGUCGUACCCAUUACCAUUAGACCAAGGUGUUUAUCCAGGCUAUCCAGUAUCGCCAAACGGUGGCGGAUCGUACAAUCCCGGUCCGGGAUAUCCAUCGCCUUCCUUAGAAACUAGCGAUUCCCACAAACCUCACUAUCCGGUGCCACCGUCAUCAGGAUAUCCGAGUUAUCCAGCGUCGAGUGGAGGAUCCUAUCACGGAUCAGCUCCAGUUGGUUCACCUCCACCAAUUUUCGUGUUCAUUCCCAAACCGGGCUACUACAAUACCCAACAUUCAAACUCUAAACCAGGUAAUUAUCAUAAACCGAGUGGGACGUAUCCAGUUCAUUACCAUUCAACACCGAGGCCUUCCGGAAUCCCCAACGGCCAAUACUAUCCAGCACCAGUACCCAUCAAACAUCCAAAACCUGUCGGUGUCUAUCCACCGGCCAAGGCGCCUAGUACGGCAUACGGUUUACCUAAGCCUCAACGUCCCACACAACAAUAUCCAACUUCCUUUUAUUCUGGUAAAACUGGAGCUGGAACUUCUGCGCCCAACUAUAACAGUGCGAGUUACGCAGUUGAAAACCAACUCAAUAUUCAACCUAGUUACGAUAAUAACAAAGGCGGUAUACUGGCAACACAAUUGUAUCAAUCAACUACUCCAUCCAUAUCCCAAUCGGUAACACCGGCUCAGCCCAAUGUGUUCCAGAGAGGUAACAUUAGCCAACGACCGGCCAACUCUCCAGCAACAUAUUCGACAGUCGUCCACGAUUUCAUUGCUCUCCCAGACCAAAGUGGUGAGUCACAGUUGAAUAGCUUUAACAAACAGAAUAAGAGCUGGAUAUUCGGUGCUGAAUCAAGCCUAGUUUUGGCUGUUACUGAGCUCCCUGACAUCAUCGGCAACCUGCCCUACUAUCAAGAUGAGUUUCGUGUACCUUUCCAAUCGAUCAACAAGCGUCCGAUUAAAAACGAUUGCGGGGGAUCGUGGGUCGUUCUUAAUCAACCCCCAGCUAAGUAUGUAGAUCCUACCCAAGUGCAAGUAGAACCGAUUUAUCUACCGGUACAGGAAGCUGCAAUGGAUGGAUUUCAUUCAAAUUUUAACGGUCCGUUCUUCCGCAGUCCGAAAGAAGCGGAUGACCCAAUUCCAACUCCACGAGUCAACGAGCUAUCCGUGGUAGACCCUAACACAAGCAACGCUUAUGAAUCAUACGUUCCAGACUUUUUAAUUUUCGCAACUACACCGUACACCGAAUUGUCUUCCACCACGGGUACGACGGAAAGAAUAUGGAGGAAACCGAAUGGUUUGGUCUCAUCGGUUUCAUUCUUUCCAAGUCCCUCGAUUCAAGAUGAUCUUAUCACAGCAUCCGAGCAACGAUCCUCCAGUAGCGGAAUAACCGUUGUCAUACCCGAAUCCACCGAUCCUGUUAAAACCUUAACGUCGACUGAAAACUCCGUCAUUUUAUCGCUGAACGCAAACAAUUUGCAAGACGAUGAUUCCGACGAAAUCGAUGAAUCCGAGCAAGGAAAGCGCAAUAGUCCGUCUCCUUUUCUAGCUGCCGUUUUUUCUUCCGUUAACAAAGAAAAUGAUGACGAUGAUAGCGAUAGCGUCGUUAACGAAACGACUGACAACAACCUGGGAACUAAUGCGAACUCGUCCGUAACGGAGGAUUCACUUAUUCGUCAUCUGCGAUCUGCUAAUCUCAGAGUUCUAUCCUCUUUGAUUAACCAAGCCGAAAUCGCUUCACUCUUUCAAGACCAAGAGUACACUCUGAUGGCACCGAGCAAUGCGGCGUUUAAUAAAAUUUCUGCUAGCCAGCGUCGGCGAUGGAUCACACGUCCAGAUACUUUACGAGAGGUACUGCUGAAUCACGUCGUACCGAAUCAUCUUAACUCGUCUUCAUUUGAAAACGAAGCGACUCACGUAACUCUGGCUGGCUCGCAUCGACUGAGGAUCAACAUCUACAACGCCACGGACAAUAGGGAUAUCGUAACUACAGUCAACGGUGCCCGUUUCUUAACAAACGAUCUACGUAUAGGCAAACUGUUGGUGCAUAUCGUCGAUCGCGUUCUAAUGCCGAGCCCUACCCCUUCGCAAACCAUAUUAGACAUCCUCAAUGACGGCGGUAGGUUCCAGAUAGGUUUACAAGCUUCGCUAUUGGGUCCCGCUCUCACGAAGGUCCUGUCGUCUGAUUCUCCGCUGUCUGUCUUCAUCCCGACAACUGAAGCAUUUUUGAGCAUCAGCCAAGAUGAGCAGCGCCUAUUCCUGAACAACGAAACAGCAUUUCACAAUCUACUAUGGUACCACAUCGUUCCUGGAACUUAUUACAGCGAAGGCCUGGAAGACGGCCAGUGGCUGUCCACCUUGCAUGGCGUCGGCCGUCUGCGCGUCGACCUGACUCGCCAAAACAGGAAAAGUAAAUUGGCGAGGAUCAACGGGGAGGCGAACGUCAUCGAGAGUGAUGUAAGUGCCAGCAACGGAGUGGUCCACUUUAUCGACCGCAUUCUCACCGAUAUACUCUUCUAGAGGACUAAACUUAGGCCAAACAAGCAUUCCCAUCUCCGUUUGUUUGCUUCAAUUCCUUCUUUCUAUUUUUUAUGUUUAUGUUUAUUUUCACACCUUUACUCGACUUUUUUUUCCCCCCCAAAGUACGGGUGUACAGUAUUACGGUACAACAUUUGGCUCCUGGCAGGCAGUUUGAAAGCAGCACCAAGUCUUGUCACAAUACAGAAUUUUAAAGGUUACCUAUCUUUACUGUAAUCUAAUCUGUUUUACUUAUAGCCGAUAUGUUAUUUUUUUUCCCCCUUGUUCCAUGAAAAUAAAGCUGGUAAAUGAG